GACGCGGAAAAGGCCGCUUUAAUGAACCUGUGUGCCAGGAAGCCGGGCCGGGUGCGGCCGAUCCGGGGAAUGGGAAGGGCCCGGGUUCCCUCUAGCGCUCCUCUGUACACGGUGUGCACAGGCGAGCACAGGAAGCGGACACAGGUCCGGCCCGGCCACAGGGACCCUCCCGCCUCGGGCAGGCGUCCGGCCGGGCUCAUGGGCACCGCCUGUCCCUCUGUCUGCAGCUUUUCCUGGAUGACUCCAAAAUGAAGAACUUCAUCACCUGUUUCAAAGACCUGCAGUUCCUGGUCACCUUCUUCUCCCGUCUGAGACCCAACCGCAGCGGGCGCUACGAGGCCUCCUUCCCCUUCCUCUCUCCCUGCGGCAGGGAGCGCAACUUCCUGCGCUGCGAGGACCGGCCCGUGGUCUUUACGCAUCUGCUGGCUGCAGGCUCCGGGUCCCCGCGCCUCUCCUACUGCGGCGGCGGCGAGGCGCUGGCUGUGCCCUUCGAGCCCGAGCGCCUGCUGCCCCUGGCCACCAACGGGCGCCUGUACCACCCCGCGCCGGAACGCGCAGGGGGCGUAGGUCUGGUGCGCUCGGCCCUGGCCUUCGAGCUCAGCGCCUGCUUCGAGUACCCGCCCGGUGCGUCCGCGGUGCCCUCCCACGUGCACUGGCAGGGCCAACGCCUCCCCCUCACCAUGGAUCUGGCCCCGCUGCUGCUCGCCGCCCCCCAGCUCUGAGCGUCAGGCGGGAGGCCGCGGGCCCUGAGCGCCCCUCUCGCCCGCGUCGCUGCGCACGCGCCACCCGGAGAGCGCGCAGGCCGCGUGCGCGUGCGCGUCCGGGAGCAUCUAGGCCCCGCCCCGCCCGGCGCUGU